UCACAGAUUAACCACAUGUCUUCCCGAAACUGCACUCGGAAGCUGGCCCAAAAUUACACGCAGCCUGCCCCUCCCACACGCUCUCUGCCCUCGCUUCCCUUCCAUCCUCGUCUUCCCCGCCGCCGCCCAGAUCCGGCGUCCCCGGUCCCGGUGGCCCGCAGCUCACGGCAGGCCGCCCAGCCUGUCUCUCCUCCCAAUCGAAGCUCGGCCCCGCCCCGCCGGGCAGCUCCUCCCCGACGCCCUCCUGCAGUUUGGGUAACAUAUGUUCAGGCCGAGAUUCUUUUGCCACCAGAAAGGAAAAGGGAGACACGGAUCACCAUGGCGUUGCGGCAGGCGCUGGGAUGGUCAGACGGGGAGGUGAUGCGGCCCGAGUCGAAGCCCUGCUCCCGCCUGAUGCGGCACACCGCGGGCAUCUUCUCUGUCGGUGGCGCCCUCGCUUCCUGGGUGCUCUGUCGCCUUCACUACGGUCCGAGGAUAACGGUCCCGAGGAGCGUGAGGUGGGCGUCCUGUGGAGCGAUCUGCACGAGCUUGGCGUCAGCCCCGCUGGUGCGGCUCUUGAGCCCGGAGUGCGAGCCGCAGAACAUAGCGGCUUACGACAGGCCUGAACACAAGCCUGCAUAGUGGUAGUACAUGUAUCUUGGAGGCCAGGUUCUUGAUGAUCUAUCCCAGGAGAUGGAGACAUGUCCAUCUGCACUUGUCGUGUGAGAGAGGUUCAUUUACCCAUAUCCUAGCUGCCCUGGACCUGGUUGCUGCGCGAGUCUGAUGGUGUGCGGUGAAAGGUCCAGGAGUUCAAUGUGUCCUUUUUUCUUCCUGGCUGUUGCUGCUGGGUGUUUUCUUCUUCUGGAAGUAGUGUAUUCGGUAUUUCCUCUGUAACUUAACAUGACAGUGUUAAACAAGUCUUCUAUUAAGUUAGAGAGGGAGUACUUGCGUACUAA